AUGCUGAGCUGGAGAGGGAGGCUGGCACCCAUGGGGCUCCUUGGUCUGCUCCUGCUCUGGGCGCUGGCAGCAGCGACAUCGGGACAAAUUCCAGAUUCACCAGCGGGACAGGAGGCCUCCUGCAUGAUGGCAUGUGCAGGGUCAGCUGGGCCUCACCUCCCUGUGGGCACCAGAUACACCUAUCGCUUUUCCACCAACACCAGCACCAGCCUGCAGGGGACCUCAAUGGAGGGGAGUGGCUUUGGCCUCCAAGGCUUGGCCAUCCUUGAUGUGCUUGGCUCAUGCCAGAUGGCAUUACGGCUCCAAGACUUUCAGGUGACAUCCAUCCUGGGGACCAAGGUAGAGGUUCUGAAGGAGUCGGAGAGUUUAAGCGCUGCCCUGAGCCGCGGCCGGCUCCGCUUCGUCGUGCGCGCGGGGCGCGUGGCCCGCCUGUGUCCCCGCCGCGCCGAGCCGCGCUGGGCCCUGAACGUGAAGCGCGCGCUGCUGAGCCUCGUGCAGGGCCGCCCGGGCGCCCGCCGCCCCGAGACCCGCGACGAGGUGGACGUCCUGGGCCGGUGUCCCACCACGUACCAGCGCCGCGGGGACCGGCUGCUCAAGACCAAGGACCUGGCGCGGUGCUCCCUGCGCGUGGCGCGCUCCUCUCUGCGCUCCCAGGCCCUGCCCGGGGUGGCCACUGGCCUGGCCUCCCACCUGACCUGCCUCCAGAGCUUCCAGGCGGGCGUGCUGAGGGAGGCCUCCUGCACGGAGCUGGACACUGUGGGGCCACUCGCUGAGAAGGCUAGUGCUGUGCACAUGAGGACCCUUUCUUCGCUCACCCUGCUGCAUGAGAAGCCUCAGGACCCAGCAGGCACAGAUCCAGAUGAUGGAGAUGAGGAAGAGGUGACCCCGAGCAGCCUGCUGUAUGAGUGGGAGGACGCCCCAUCCCAGGCCACGGUGGCCACAGCAGCUGCAUUAGUGAGGAGGCUGUGCCUGGCUCAGACCACGAGCUUUGAGGCCACAGAAUUGUUCCUGACACUGGUGUCCGAGCUCCGGGGCCUUUCUGCACCUGAUCUACUGGAACUCUGGCGACAUUCUUCCUUUAAGUGCCGAGACAACUGGCAGCCGCUGGUGGACGCCCUGCCCUCCUGUGGCACUGAGCCCUGCGUGGGCCUCAAGACGGAGCUCAUCGUGUCGGGGGAGCUGGAGGCAGACGAGGCGGAGGCGUGGUUCUGGUCACUGGCCUUCAUCCCGAAGCCCACGGAUGCCAUGGUCCACGCGCUGCUGCCUCUGCUGCAGACCCUGAGGGCCAGCCCCAGUGCCUUCCUUGGCACCUCCGCCCUGGUGCACAACCUCUGUGCUUCUCUGGAUGGGCCCUGCGACCAGCUGCCAGGUGUCAGCUCCUUUGUGAGGAUCCUGGGAGAGGCGUUGGGUACGAACUGUACCUCUCAGGAGUCUGUGGAUGCCGGCCGGCUCCAGCUUGUGCUGAAGGCCAUUGGCAAUGCCGGCCUGGCAGCCACGGCUCUCACCUCCAUGCUGAAAGCUUGCGCGUCGCUGGGGAGCAGCGCCCCUGAGAUCCGGCUGGGGGCCAUCCAGGCCUUCCGGAGGGUCCCCUGCUCUGCAGAUCGAUCUGUGCUCUCCCGUCUGUACCAAACCCCUGAAGAGGAUGCUGAGAUCCGCAUCAAUGCCUAUCUGGCCUUGAUGAGGUGCCCUGGUGAGGAGGUGUUUGCCCAGGUGCGGCGCAUGCAGGCAAGCGAGCAGUCCACCCAGGUGGGCUCCUUCGUGUGGAGUCACUUCCUGCAGCUGCUGGAGACGGACGAUCCCCUGAAGUGGGCCCUUCGGGAUGCCCUCCCUGAGGACAUCCUCAGCCAGGAGUUCCACCCGGAGAUCUGGAAACACUCGUCCUAUUCUGAUGUGACCUUCCGCUCAGCAUCUGGCAGCGUGGGAGCCAACCUGGAGAGGACCCUUCUCUUCUCUCCCGCCUCCUUCCUUCCUCGUUCUGCCACAGUCAACCUGACCGUCCAUGCCGCAGGCCGUGCCUUCAACCUCCUGGAUUUGGGGCUCCGGCUGGAAAAUGCUGAGGAAAUCGCCCGCAGACUGUUUGGCCAGAAGUCAUUCUGGGGACAGGAAGAGGAGACACACCCCCUGGGACCAGAACCAGGGCCUGCAUCACAGCCAGCCAGCCCUGAGUGUCCGGGAGAAAGAGCCAGAAAGAUGAGAGACCUACAGCAGAAGGUCGUGCAGAGUCGUGGCAUGCGGCGGGCACUGCGAUGCGAGUUGAGCGUGAAGGUGUUUGGGCACGAGCUGAGCUUCGUGAACUGCGGGGCGAUGGGGAGCCACAUGAAGCGCCAGUCCCUGAACCUGGCCGAGCUCACCAUCCAGCUCCUGAAGGGGCAGGAGGUGCAGGUGAACCGGAGGCUGGGCCUGGCUACAGAGGAGCUUGUCUUUCCCACCGUGUCCGGCCUCCCAGCUCGGCUGACCCUAAAUGCCUCAGUCGCCAUCAACAUCCGGGUCCGAGGAACUGCCGACUUCCAGCAGCGCUCAGAUUUCUCUGUGAACGGUUAUGUCAAGCCCAGUGCCCUGCUCCAGAUUUCGGCUCAGAUGGGCACGGCAGGCGCCCUGGGGCAGGCCGGGCUGAGGUGGGUGACCGGCAUCCGUGGCAGUGCCAGCCUGGACGGUGGGAUCCAGGCGAGGAAGGGCCGGGACUUCAAGGUGCAUCUGAACACACCCGAGGAGGCUGCGGAGCUGCUAAGCUUUAGCUCUAAGCUGUUUCUUAUCACUGGGGAUGGUGCGAGGAGCCUCAAUCACGUCCACAGCCCUUCCGAGGCCCAAUCCUGUACCAGCAAGGAAGUGUCCGACACCUGGGGCUGGCGGCUGUGCACUGAAGUGACCUGGCCGGCAGCUGGUCAGCCCUACCUGCUCUCAGUGCCUGUGUUUGCGGCUGUGACGCUGAAGAAGCAGGACCCGGGGCUCCGACAGUAUCUGCUGGAAGCUGCCUGUACCCUCGACCCCCAGAAGGACAGCUGGUUCCCAGAGGCAGCCAUGGCCCACCUGUUCAUGGGCACACCCGGGUCGGAAGUGCCAAGGGACGUCGGGGUGGACAUCAGCUACAGCGUGCCCCAGAGGAAGUUCCGGCUCAGGUUUCUCCAUCCCAAGAAGAAAGUCGAGCUGGACGGAAAGAUUGAGGCUCUCGGGAGGACCCAUUCGGGUCACUUAGAGCUGAUACUGGACGACAGGGAUGUCUACUACAUUAAGGGCCGGAGUGACCUGCGGCUAGCAGCAGGUGGCAAGGCACAGCAGUUCGAGGCCCAGCUGGAAGUGAAACUGGUGACAGCAGGCAGCCCUGUGGUCCUUGCCGGGAACCUCACGUGGCAGGCGGGCAGGAAGUUGGUGUUCUCGGCCUCACUGAGCUACCUGCUGAAUGACCAGGCCCAUGUGACAGUGCUGCUGGAGAAGAAGGAGGAGGACGGGCUGCAGGUGAUGGCCCUGGCCGGCGAGCUGUUGGUGCCAGGACUGGUGGGGCUGCAUGUCCUUGGCCUGCUGCAGCAGCGGGUUCGCCUCUGGACCAGCUCCCUAAGGAUCAAGUAUGGCCUCCUGGGUCAGGAGAUGGAGCGGGCGCACGAGUGUAGCACCAGCCAGAAGCUGCAGACGGAGAACAGCUCAGAGGCUGCUUACAGGCUGGAGCUGGGCCAUGAGUUCCACUGCACACAGAUCCCAGCGCUGAGCCACAAGCUCCAGCUCCGGCACGAGGUGGGCUCAGGCCACGUGCAGUCGCAGCUGGAGGUGAGCUACGGGAAGCACUGGGACCAGAGUAGCAACAGGAGGCGCCUCCGCGUCAGCCAGACCUUCAGGAACGACUCGGCGCCAGCCCUGAACAAUUACUUCGUGGAGUUUGUGCUGCAGGUGCCUGAGAGGCAGGUGGAUUGCCGCACACAGCUGUACCAUUUGAGCCUCCGCCAGCCCCAUGUGGAGAGCAGCACACACCUGAAGGUGCAGCUCAGUGAGCGUCUGCCCUUCGUGGCUGGCUUGUGGUGGAAGGACACCUCCCGGGCCACCCUGUGGAAGUGGGAAGGAAGCUUGAAGCUGGAUAGCCCAUGGCUGAUGGUGUCCACAGCUCAUAGGCUGUACUGGCCACACACAGCUAUGUUCCAGGCUGUCCUGGAGCUGACGCUGGGCAAGGCCUGGACCCUCAAGGACCUGGUGAUUAGCGUGGCCUGCAGGAGCCAGGGCCACGACAGGGAGGGCAAGAUCCAGGUCUACACCCCGGCUACCACCUAUCUCCGGGUUUCCUUGGUGACAGCCGUGGCGCAGAGCCUCUUCCACAGCCGGGGGGACCUUGAGUCAGCCUGGGGUGUGGCCAUGCAGGGUGAGAUCCACGCUGAGAACAGCAGGGACCAGAAGAUCCUUCGCUGCUGGCUGAAAGUCCCCCGGCGGGAACUGAACCUAACGGCAGCCUACAGGCACGCAGAGCGGCCUCAGAAGACCCACGUGUCACUGACGGCUCUGGGGACUGGUGCUCAGGGCCAGCCCCGGGGCCUGCAAUUGGAGGGCAAACUGGAGGAGCUGAAGCGUGGCAGGACGUUGUACCAGAAACGGGGGACCCUUUUCUUUAGGCACCCCCUGCACCUACCUGUCCUGCAGAGCCUUGUCCUGCAGGAGACCUUCACAGCCGAUAAGCAACACCAGCGUUACUCCCUGGAGACCAGAGUUGUCCUGAAUGGCCAAGAGGAGACUCUGCAGACCGUAGUACUGGGCCGCCAGGCUGGACACCCCUAUGUCUGCGCAGGCCUGUCCCACCCAUACAAUGGUGCGGCCAUCCCCAGGAGUGUGGAGGGAUGCCUGGUUACUUGGAAUCGGCACACUGCUAAGAACAGGGAAGUCGAGACCACUUUGAAAGUCAACAAGAAGGUUGUGCUGCACUUAAAGGGUCUGCACCAUGAUGGAUCUCAGCACAGGGAAAUCCGGCACAGCCUGUCCCUGGACAUGGCCCAUUCCUACCAGCUGAGGUUUCCCCAGGCCCUGAGCUUGGGUGGAGACGUCAUCUUUAGAAGGAGUCCCCAAGGAACAUUCAACUUCAGCGCAGAUGCCCAAGCUGCCAUCAACCACAACAUCACAUACCAGGUCUCAGCCCAGGUGAAUGGAUCUGACUCCCACUUCGUGCUUUUCUUCCAGCUCAGGCAUCCCCAUGGACUGACACUUCCUCCAAACUUCCAGGUGCAGGUGGCUGCUGGGCGCUACAAAGAGCGCAGCCUCAACAGUGCGCUGUCUGUGCACGUGUCGGGCCAGGAGCUGGUUCUACUGGAGGUCACCACCAGCCAGGACACCCAGAGAAGGAGCCGGGGCUGGGGCAUGAGUGUCAUCCUCCACCAGGCAGUCCUCAGAGCCCCCAGGGCUGUUCAGCUACAGCUGUUGGGCAAGGUCACCCCAGCAAGAAUCUGGCUGUUUUCCAAGAUGCUGCUGGACCAGAAUACAGCACAGCUUCUCCUCAAGGCCUCGGAGGAACAUCGGGGAGGCUGGGUCCUGACCCUGCAGGGCCAAGCCCAGCACACGGUGGCUGGCUGGGCAGUGGUGCCCCACCUCCUGACCCUCAAGGGCACGCUGAAGCAGAAGGAGACACUCCAAGAGGGUACCAUCAAGGUCACUGCUGACUCAGCCGUGCUGAGUUUCCUCCUGCGGGACAAGCAUGAGAAGGCAGGGAAUGGCACCAGCAUGCGCAGCGUGACCUGCGUUCUCACCCAGAACAACAGCCAAGCUUUGCCGGGGGAACUCCGACUGAGGGGCCGGCUGCAGGCCCAGAGGGGGAGCCUCAGGGGCCAGGCCAGCAUCUGGGCUGAUGCAGCCACCCUGGCUCUGGGUGGGGCCUGCACCUGGGGCCCUGGGCACGGCCAGCUUGUGGGCAGCCUGAGACACAACAUUCGCCCAUUGAGCGACACAGGACUCCCCUCGAAGGCAGGGAUGCUCCUGUCCCUGGCCCACGUGGCUUCCAAUUGCUCAGCGCACCUGGUGCUACAGAGCAUGGGGGAUCAGCUGGACGCCGCCCUGGACCUGCAGCGACCAACCCCUGGCUCCCCCAGCCACCGGCUCCAUGCUAGUGUCGGCCACACCAUGGCUGGCCUCAGGCGCUGGGACCUCCCCUUCUCCACGGAUGGCCACAGGCACUUUCAGAGUGUGGGACACAGUGUGGUGGCUGGGAUGAUGUCAAGUGUGGAUGGUGAGCAGCUCCACGCGUUCCUGGACGGCGGGACAGAGGGAAAUCACCAGGGACUGGCCCCGGGGCUGCUGGGUGCCCAGCCAGAGAGUCUGGCUGUGCUGUCCUUGAACAGCUCCCUUCUGGUCCACACCUGCACACCCAGUCUGGCAGAACAUGUAUCUUCUGGGGACACCUUUGCCCGAGCCCAUGUCAGCAUGGCCUAUGGCUCCCAUGCCCACCUGGAAGCCAGCCUCCAGCACGCAUGGCCUCAGCUGCAGGCUCUGGGAGUCGCCCCUGACAACCACAUCCUCAUGUCCAUUGGGGGAAGUGAGCCCCCCGGGGCCCAGCUGGAGGUGGCCCUCGGCCAGUGCACCUUGACUGCCCAUGGGGACAUCAGGGCAGAUGGCAACACCACACACUCCAACUGGUCCCUCUCUCUGAUGCACCACUGUCCUCUGCUGGAAGUGACAGGCAUCCCUUGGACCCUGCGCUCUGAGGGCAGCCUGAGCCAGGGCCCCUGUGAGUUCACCCUGGCCUCAGACCUCUGCAGCGACUGUGGAGAUGCCCACCUGCAGCUGGUCCACACCUGCUGGCCCCAGACUUUGGUCCAAGGAUGCCUGACUCACUCUGCCCCUGCUGAGCCACCUGGGUCUGCCGCCCAGCUCAGGUUGGGGACCGGACAUCAGCUGGGCCUGGACCUGCAGGUGGGGGCCUGUGAGCUGCAGCUGGACCAUGGGCUGCAGUGGCAGGUGCUGGCCCAGAGCUCCUGGGUGCUCAGCAAGCACUUGGCGGAUGGUGAUGGAAGAGACCCCUCAGCCUCGGCCCUGACCUCUCUGCUCUCAUGCUGGGUCUCUCUGGAUCUGCCCAAGCCUAAGUGCCGGGGCUAUGGCCCUGGUGCCAUCAAGGUCUCCGUGGACAUCCACGACAACAUCUCCAGCUUUGGGCAUUCUGGAAGCGUCUCAACAGGGCCCAUGUCUCUCAACUGCUCUGUGCACUGCUGUCACCGUGACAGGCACCUGGAGCUGUCCUGGCGGGGUGCGCACAGCAUCCAGGCCCUGCUGCGGGCCGGGGUCCCAGGCGAGGCCCGGCUCAGUGCAGCGCUGCAGAUCCGUGAGACCCAGACCCAGGCCAGUGUGGUCCUCCAUGUUGAGGACAGUGGGGUCACCAUGGAUGUGGCAGCCUUGGUGGCUCGGCCACUGAAUGGCACGCUGGAGCUGGUGGUGAACACCAGCCACACGGUGCCUGCUCUCUGGAGGCUGGGCCUGCCCUUCACCAGCCAGCUCAUGUUCCAAGAACUCUGGGCAGUGGAAGAGAUGAGCGCUUUGCUGCAGCUGACCUGUGAUUCUCAAACCAGCUUGGUCCUCCAUGUCCAUGGCCAGAAUCGGGCCGUCAGCAAAGAACUGUUGCUCUCAGGCCGGCAUCACCUCCCCUUCCUCCUGGGCUACUGCCCCAGCACAGCCUCCACCUCUGCCAAGCUAAGGUACUCCCUUGGUGAGGCCGAGAGUGCAUUUGACUUGAGAGUGGAGGAGCAUCGCAUCCACAUCAGCACCAGGCUGGUGGCUGCAAAGGCCAGUCUCGCCAACAUCAUCAAGCUGGAACACACCUUCCCCCAGCUCAGCGCCCUUCCCCAGGAGCUGGUCCUGAGGACCAUGUACGAGCGAGCCCGUGGGACCCGUGUCCUGCACCAGACGGUACUGUGGGACGGCCAGGAGGUGGCCCUCAACGGGAGCCUCUCUGGGCCCUUCCCCAAACCCACCGGGAACCUCAGCCUACAGGUGGAGCUCACCCACCUGCUGCCCCUCUCCCUGCCACGGCGCUGCAGCCUAGGCCUGUCCUUGGAACAUUUGGGAGGCAGCCACCGGGACGACCUGGUUGUUGGCUGGAAUGGCAGGGACCAGGUGGUGGUCUCCUCCUCUCUGCGGCUGGGGAAGGGUGAGCUGGCCGCCCACCUGGCCCUGGCUCAUCCCUUCAACCUCUCCUGGUGGCAUGCAGAGGCCAGUGGCCUUGCUGAGAGCAGGGGCGGCAGGCAGAGCCGGCAGGUACAGCUCACCUGGAACAGAGGACAACCCGUGACCCUGCAGCUCACUUGGGCCGACAGGUCCUCGGCACGCAGCACUGCCUGGGACGGCUGCCUUGCCGCCGCUGCGGGGCAGCUCCAGGAAACCUGGGGCUUGGGCACCCUCAAGGCCUGUGGGGCCUUAACGCAGACCUCAGCAGCGUUCAGCGAGAGGCUCGACCUGUACUGGGACCAAUGCCGCAUGCAGCAGAACCUGAUGGUCGAGAGGCAUUGGCCAUCCCGGCCAGACAAGGUGCUUGUGGAGGCCACACUGGAGCAUGUUAUGGGCUCCUGUGCCCAGCAGAGCUUCUGGGCAGAAGUGGAGACCGACUAUGCACACUGGCUGCGCCAUUCCCUCCACCUGGGGCUCUGCCACCUGCCCAGGGCCCUCUUGGUCUCCGGAGAGCACACCCUGGGCCGGGGUGGGCUCCUGCUGCAUUCCCAAGGCCAGCUGGGCCUCGCCCCGGACCCUGACCAUGGCCUGCACUUCAGCCUGACCCUCCGCAACCACAGCAGGCCCCAUGCACCCGAUUUCUCCGGGGAGCUGGAGCUCCGCAUCCCCAAGUCCCAGCGGGUUGGCCUGCUGGGCCGUGUCUCUGCCUCAACUUCUCAAAGCCUGGUCCAGCUGGAGGGCAGUGUGGACAAGAGGAACCGGAACGUGAAGCUGUCCAUGUCCCAGGCUCUGAACUGCCUUCAGGCCUCUGUGUCUCAGGAGGAGGGGAGCAGAAAAGAGAGUGUGGUGCUGCGGGCAUGUGCCCACGGACGGACAGCCGAAGCUGAGUGCCUGUUCCAGGACGGCAGGCAGCCUGUGUGGCCCCUGGGACGCCUGACCCUGCAGGCUGCCAACCAGAGCCUCCUUCUGGCUGUACAUGGCUGCCAGGGGGCCCUGCUGGACCAUGUGGAGUCCAGGAUUGCAGCAAUUGGGUCCCAGGUGCAAGCCCGGCUGGAGAAGAUGAUCCGAGGCUUGGACGCCUAUGUGAGAAGGUUCCAGCACCUGGUGCAGCCAGCGGGCACUCUGGACGGUGUGGCAGACCUCCUCCUGCAGCUGUCCCAGGCGGGGCUGGAGGCUGUGCAGGCGAGCAGCCAGGCGGUGGCCACCUUGUGGGGCCAGAGUCAGGCCAGGCAGGUGCUGACCCACCACCUGCCACUCUACCUGGAAUGGCUGCAGGUGGGGCUGGAACAGCUGCGGAUUGAGCUGGAACGACCCGUGGCCACGCUGAAGGAUGCCUACCUGGAGGUGACACUGCGGCCCCUGGACGAGGUGUGGCGGGAGCGGGCCAAGGAGGUCCUGCGGCGACUGCAGGCCUGGGUGCCCACGAUGCCAGGCAGUUGGCCGAGGCCCGUCGGGGCGGCCCUGGGGGCUGUGAAGGGCACCCUGGAGCUGGCUACCCACCAGACACUGGCUUGGGCCGAAGCUGCGAUCUCACAGGCACUGAGGAGGCUCUGCAAACCUUUGUUGGGCCUGUACCGCUUCUCAGCCAGGAACUGCUCAGUGCUGGUGACACUGCCACUGCUGCCUGUGGAGAACGAGCCCCUGGAUGUGGCCCGGGUGACCAGCUACCUGCUAGAGGAGCAGCUGCUGCGGCCGCUCCGAGCACUGUACGGGGCCAAUGUGCUGGCCGAGUACUAUCGGCUCAAACGCCGCCUGUGGGGGAGCCCCUUGGAGUACCAUGCCGUGGUGGCCGGGAACCAGCACGUGGUGACUUUCGAUGGUCGGGUGUGGGGCCUCGGCGCCCAGUGCGGCAGUCUCCUGCUGGCCAAGGACUUUGCUCACGGCACAUUCUCGCUGACGCUGAGCCGGGUGGGCUCAGGGCCCACAUCUCUCUCUAUAGAGCUCAACCACACGACCCUCGUCCUCUACCCCAGCCUGAAGACCUACAGUCUGCACGACUCCUCCCUGCCUGGGGUGAGCUGUCCUGACCUCGAUCUGCCUCCUGCCAAGAUGAGGAGAGACAUCCCCAGGAUCGAACUGACCAGCAAGGAUGGCAUCUCCAUCUCCUGUGAUGUCCAAGCUGGCCUCUGCAGCCUUACUCUGGGCCUCUGGUACCAUGGUGUAUCCGCUGGCCUUCUGGGCACCAAUGACAAUGAGGCAGGAGAUGAGCUGCUGCUGCCGGAUGGCACGGUGGCCAGCAGCCUGGAAGAGCUCAGCCUAGCCUGGCAGGUGGGAGGUGACUGCAGGGCCACUGAGAAGACUCCGAGGGCAUGUCCAGGACCAAGCCCCACCUGUUGGGACCUCUUCCAGGACCACCGCUCCAGCCUAGGGAGCUGCUUUCGGGUGGUGGAUCCUACACCCUUCUUCAGCCUGUGCAUCCAGGACACUUGUGGAACCCAGGAGCUCCAAGCUGCCUGCAACCUGGCAGCCGCCUACAUCCACCUGUGUGCCCGGGGCUUCGUGCCCCUGGACCUUCUUCCACAGUGUGGUAAGCUGCCCCCUGUCUGA